UGUCUGUGUUUGUUUGAUCAGAUUUCCACCUCUGACUUCAGUAACUUUCUCUUGUUUUAAAGUUUGAGAAGUCUCCUCUCUCCUCUCUCCUCUCUCCUCCCUUCAUUUUCUCUGACUUACAGAUUGUUGCUGUCGCUCCUGCAGUCACUGAGCGGAGAGUUUAUGUCUGUGAAGAGUGUGUGUGUGAGCCGUGCGCUCUCAUAUGCAUGCAUGUGUGUGUGUGAUAGAGGCCCUCUGUUAAACUAACACAGACCCAGGUGGUCUCUGGGCCCUCUUUUGUCUCUCCUCUCUGGCUCCUGCAGGCAUGCAUGCAGGGCCACCGCAGAAACAAAAAGACACUUUUUAAUGUGACUUCAGAGCUGUUUGUGUGGAGACACACACACACCCCCUCCUGCUGAAGAUACCCCGCAGCCACAAGCUUCAAGGAGAGAGAGAGAGGGAAACCUGAAUUGGCCUGGAUUUGGUUUGGUGAAUGGCAAACACAGUCAUCUCCAUGAGUGUGUGUUUGUGUUUCCAAACAAUCACAAAGAGUCGCACUGAUUUCUAAAUUUAGGGGGAAACAUGAUUGUUCUGUAAAAUACACACUUUCAUGUUUGGUUAUUUCAGUGUGUGUGCACGGGUGAAGGCCUGCUCCACAAACAGGCCUCUUUAGCUGAGUGUGUAUGUGCUUACCUGUGACUCUGCAGUCAGCCCCAAGUGGACACUCAGGGAACUGCAGCUGUUAGCACAUGGACGCAAGGUGAGGCGGAAACAUCAGAGUACGGAGGAAAACGCUGGAAAAACUGAGUGGACAUGGCGCCAAUAGUGUGUGUCCGUGUGUGUGUGUGUGUGUGUGUCUGUGUCUGUGUCUGUGUGUAUGUGCUUACCUGUGACUCUGCAGUCAGCCUCAAGUGGACACUCAGGGAACUGCAACUGUUAGCACAUGGACACAAGGUGAGGCGACAAAACGUCCGAGCGAGCGUGGAGGAAAAACUGAGUGGACAUGACGCCAAUAGUGUGUGUCUGUGUGUGUCAGGCCACACUGUCCUCUGAAAAUGUGUUGUCCUUUUUAAAAGUGACUCUUUGUGUGUGUGUUAGUGUGUGUGUGUUAGCGUGUUUGUGUGUGUGUGUGUGUGUGUGUGUGUGUAUGUGUGUGUGUCUGGUUGUUUUGCAGCGAGAAUCUUUUGGUCGCAGAGCAUCAACAUGUCCGACAGCUGGGAGACAGAUCUGCAUCUGUGUGUGUGUGUGUGUGUGUGUGUGUGUGUGUGUGUGUGUGUGUGUGUGUGUGUGUGUGUCAGGGUCGUCCGUUGGCAGGAAGCAGUAGGCAGCGAGUGAUGUGGUCAGACCCUCUGUCACCAAAAGGAGAAAGAGAGGGAGGGGAGGAGGUCCUGUCUCUCUCUCUCUCUCUCUCUCUCUCUCUCUCUCUCUCUCUCUCUCUCUCUCUCUCUUUCUCUCCUUCCUGUUGCUUGUUUUUUUUCCUGAUCAUCGUUCUUCAUUAGAGAAAGAAAAAAAACACAAUCAGGCGCAGACUCCUGCAGAUGACCGUCGAUGUGGCGAAGGAUGACAUCACGAGCACAGACUCAGUCGACGCCAAAAAAAAAGGACAAAAAAGUUCAAACGGGUUUUUUUCAGGAUUUUUUUCCUGAAAAUGCUGGACACAAAAAAAAAUCUAAUUUUUUUUUAAAUUGUUGAAACAUAUUUUCUGGUUUUUCUAAUGUUUUUGGGUUUCAUUAAUUUUUUUUUUGUUUCUUUUUGUUUUCAGAAUUUCCACCUUUAAUUAAAAAGUUUUGCAUUUAGUAAUUUUUUUUUUUUCGUCUGCAAAGAUUUUUAAAUGGCAUUAAUUUUAGGAUUCCAUGAAUGAUCUUGCAACCUAUUGAUUAAUAUUUUAAGUAUUUUUUUUUCUUUUUUUUUUUAGUUUUAUUUAAUAUUUUUGCAUCUAAACUCAUUUGCUGUUGGGGAAAAACUACGUUUUUUGUUAUGUUUUACUUUGUUUUUGUUUAUGUUUUAGUUGAUAUAUUUGGUUUUGUUUUUAAAAAAUUGUUUUCUAUGGUUUUUUUUUUAUUUUGCUUUGUUUCAUUUUUGUUUUGUUCUUUAUUUUUUUGUUUUCAUUUAAGUUUUUUUUUUUUUUGUUUCUUUGGUUUUGUUUUAUUUUUUUCGUCAUACUUUGUUUUUGUUUUUUGCCAUGUUUUACUUUGUUGUGUUUUGUUUCUUUUUUCAUUUUACUUUGUUAUUGAUUUCCUGUUUUUUUCUUUACUUUUGAAAAUUAUGCAAAGAAAAUAAAAACUGUGGCCCUCAAAGCAUGUCAUUGUUAGAUUUUGUUUUGUGAAAUAUUUGUUGUUUUAUUUAAUGUUUCUGCAUUUUGUUUAAUGCAAAAAAGAUUUGUUGUAGUCAAGAAAUGUUUGUGCAUUUGACCUUUAGGGUCACCGUACAUUCCAGCUACCUAAACCCUUAAAAAUAAAGAAAUCAGAGUAAUUUUGACAAGAAACUUCAUCUGUAAUGAGAAAAAUUAGGCAGAUAUUUAACAGUAAAUGUAUUUUAAGGAUCAUUUUAAAGUAGAGUCGGUCUGGAAUGAUUUCAGCUUUUUUUGUUGAACCCGAACUUUUUAAAAUCACGUUUCACUUUUGUUUUUCAACCUGUUUUCACUCACAGGAAAGAGAAGCGACUGAUUUCCCAAGAGUAAAAGUUUUUCCGAGUUCUCACGAAAAACUGUGUGAUGCAAACUGUGAGUGAAAGUGUCCAAACCUGACGAGGACGGAGUUACAAAAGCUGUAAAAAAAAAGAUAAAUUCAGUUUUCAUAUCAUUUAUUCUGCAUCUUUGCCGUUUUAUUUCGGAGUCAGCUUUUUGUUGCACUUUGCUUUAAUGAGUUUUGUGACUGGAGAGAAAAGUGAUGGAAAAAGUGGAGCGAGAGAGGUCAGCGUGGAAAAUCAUUUUUGUAAAUAGAGCGCCGAAAUCAAAGAGAAGGAGGAGAGAGGGGGAGGCGAGCGAGUGGGAGGUAAAUUAAGGGAGUCUGGGGGACAAUUAGACGGGAAUUUCCAGUGUUAGUGAGCGAGCGAGGGAGAGUAAGAGAGAGAGAGAGAGCUGUGAGUUAUUUAAUGCAGCAUCUAUUAAACUGAUUUCUGUUCACUCAGGUUCAGGUAUAGAAAAAUUAAAGAGGAGAAAUGGAGGAGGAGGAAGAGGAGAAACUUAUUUGGAUAGAUAGAUAGAUAAAUAGAUAGAUAGAUAGAUAGAUAGAUAGAUAGAUAGAUAGAUAGAUAGAUAGAUAGAUAGAUAGAUAGAUGUGUUAAAAAGGAGAAAUCUCGCUCAUGGAGGUGAGACUCAAAACAAACGCACAAGGCAAAAUAACAACAAAAAGAAAAACAAGAUUAAGACAUCGACAAAAGAGAGAGAGAGAGAGAGAGAGAGAGAGAGAGAAAGUCCAAGAGAGGAAGAGAAACAGAGAGAGAGGGUAAUGAGGGAGAGAGACACUGACAAUAAGAGGAGAGAGAGAGAGAGAGACGGUCUCUUAACUCCUUAGAUAAAGAAGUCAGGGCAGACCAGUCCUGCCCCCUACAGGCCGAGUGUAACUGUGUGCGUGUGCGUGUGUCUGUGUGUGUGUGUGUGUGUGUGUGUGUGUGUGUGUGUGUGGUAUUGAGUGUUUUCCUGAGGAAGAGGGGACAUCCUGUGACAGUGACUCAAUACCCCCCCUUCCCCCUCAACCCCCCCCCCCACACACACACACUAACACACACACACACUAACACACACACACACACACACACUAACACACACACAUGUUGUUUACCCGUUUGAAGCUGCCAACAGACAUUUCCUCCAUGCACACACACACACAUCUACACACAAACACACACAUUUGAUCACAAUCAUUGAAAAAACUUUUUAUGCUUCAGUGUGUGUGUGUGUGUGUGUGUGUGUGUGUGUGUGUGUUUGUGUGUGUGUCGCUGCCUCAGGUGAAAGCGUGUGAACAAAAGGGGCGUGGCCAGCAGGGGGGUAUGGAUUUUGGGAGGGGCGUGGUUAGAGGCGGCCCUCGAGCUCCAACUUAGUCCGCGAGCUUCUUCUUCACUCAGACAUUUGCAGACAGGAUACGGAGCAGGUCACACACACGAACACAGACACACACCGUGACACGCACAUUUACACGCACAGACAGACAGACAGACGGAGUGACACCGGUGUGGAGUACCACCACCAUCCGCGCGGGGAGGAACGGACGUGCACCUGUCCUGCACGCGCUCAGGCGGACUCCUCAGAGGCUCAUAGACGGAGGAUCUGACCGGACGUCCCUAUGUGUGGAUGGGACCAAAGUUACACGGUGAGUACGGAGACGACUUUACACACAACUCUGAGCUGUUUUUAAACCCAAGAAGAAGAAAACAACACCUGGAGGACUUUGGAGACGACAUUUACGCACAUUUACGCACAUUUUGACCUGUUUUUGUCGUUUUUGACCACCUUGGAGCGUCUGACUCUGGAGGAUUCUGACUGAAAAUAACUUUAAAAAAUCACUGGAGGAAGUUUUUGCCUCUAGAAUCCAAAUUAGAAUCCAAACACGAUUUUUAAAUCUUCUAUAAACGCAACAUUCAAACUUUAAUUUUCACAGAAAUUGUGAAAAAGUUUAGAAGUGUUUUAUUUUGAACUAACAUGAUUUAUUUUAACUUUGAAGAGUUGUUGCUGCAGCGUCUCUGGUGUCUCCUGGUGCGUUUUGGAUUGAUUUUGCGCAACCUUUUAAACUUAAGUCUUUUGGAAAAUUUCUCCUUUUUGUUAUUUCAGGAGUGAUUAAACCUCCUCAGUUAGACAUUUCAGAUUUAAAUGCAAACUGUAAGACUUAAAAAUGUAAUUUUGACUCAACAUAGAGAUUAAAAAAUGUUCCUUUUUGUGAGAAAUGUGUCUCCAAACUCUACCUGAUGUGACAGAUUGUCCUCUCCUCCUCUUCUUGCACCUUUUUUGUCACGCAACCACAAAGUUUCAUCUUGACUGGACUUUCAUAAAAACGCAUUUUCAUUCAAAUGUUGUCAGCCUCAGCUCUGCAGACUCAGCUUUUGUGAUUUCAGUUAGUCUAAAUAUGACAGAAGUGAAUUGUUUCUUGGUUUUUGGUUUCACUCUUAGUUUCAGCGCUGCAGCUGUUAUGCAAAAAGGAGUUCUUGCUAAGAGCUGAAAUUUUGGGAAACGUCUCCAGAAGUGAUUAGUUCUUUUAAAAAAGAUUAAUUUAGGAGGCAGAUAGAGGAGAAACUGGCCUUCAGCUUGUUUGGAAAGAUGAGAAAUGAUGUUUUUAUGCAGGUAGUUUUGCAGGUUUAUCAUCCGAAUGGAAGGUUUUGUAGAUUUUGCUGGAUUUUUCUGUAAGUUAAAUGAUUUGUUUUUGUUCAGAUUUGAAUGCGAGCUUUAGUUGAAGCAAAAAAGUUCAGGUUGUAUGAAUAUUUUAAUAAUUUGUGAAGCAUUUUCAAGAAAUUUAAGAGCAUGAAAAUCAUUUCUUUGACUUCUAAGAGCUCAAAAGUGGUAAAAUUGAGGAUCUUGGACUCCUGAAUUCAGCGUUUUUGGUUUCUGAAUGGGACAAAGUGUAAAAGUCACUUUUUAUUUCUGCAAAUGGCUCCAAAAAAGUGACUUUCAUUCGUGUUUAUCUGUGGAGGAGAGGCCGUCAGCUGUUUGGAGCUGGUUUGAUGGGAAUUAAUUUUCCUUCUUGCGGCUGCAGAAGAAGAAUCCACAGAGCUGAGUGUGCUCAUGAGGAUCUGCUGCGUGGGACGAGCAGCUUGUUUGUCCCUCUGUGGAUAUCUGCUGCUGCCUCUGUGUGUGUGUGUGUGUGAGAGAGUGUGUGUGUGUGUGGGGAAGUGUGUGUGUGUGUGACUUGGGUGGGAUCGCGUUUGAAGUUUUGUUUGUGCUGCUGCUGCUGUGGCCCCCCAAAUGGAAAAGUUUUGGCGCUCCCUUCCUCAUCUCAGCCCCCCCUUCAUUACCACACACACACACACCAACACUUACACACACUUAUACACACAGACAUAAAUCCAUGCACACACACACACACACAGGCUGGGAGUGGGGAUGAUUUGCCGGUUCCGCUGCAGUGCCACUCUGCUUCCAAUUUUAGCUUCAUUCAGACACAGACAGCGUUUCCUUCCUCCGUCUUCAACCCCAGGAAGAGACGCGGGCGGGGGGGGGGUCUGUGGGAUCAGAAUCGACGUGAAUCCGACUCAUUGUUAAAAUCGUUCUCACAGUAGACACCAACAACUGCCUGAUUUCGCUGUUUUUCUGGGCCAAGACAAAAAAAACAAGAAAAAAAACUGUCAAAGAAAUGUCAAAGUUUGUCUUAUUUUAGCUAAAACCUGCAGAAAAACCGACUCUGACCGACAUUUGUCCAUCUUUUUCCUCUUUUCUUAACAUAAUAAUUUAUAGAAAUUUGUCCAAGUGAGUUUUGCUGAGAAAAUGGAGGAAAAACCUGCAGAAAAACUCACUCAAACUUGAUAAAAACUGAAUUUUUGUCUGUAUUUAAAAUAUAUUUUUACGUCAGCUGUUUUAGAACAUGUAAAAAGUAAUAAAAAUGAGCACCGUGAGAACCAAAAAAAGGAAAUCUAAUAAAGGACUGAAUUUAUCUGAAGGUUUAAUCUGAUCAUCAUUAAGAGCUUUUAAAGUUCCUUUUUGUUGUUUGACGUUAACUUUGUGGUUUUUAAAGAAAAACAGAUCAUUGAGAAAUUAAAACAUCUGGAGAAAAUAAAUAUUUACAGAAAAACAAACAAACGCUGUAAAAAAACGAGUUUCACCAAAUAAAACUUUUUACAGCCGAAACUCAUUUUAGUGAUUUUUAAAUAAUCUGAAUAAGAAACGAUCAAAUAAUCGUUUUCAGUAAAUAGUUCAGGAGAGUGUUUCCCGUCUGUGUGUGUGUGUGCGUGUGUGUGCGUGUGCGCGCGUGCGUGUGUGUGUGUGUGACAGCAGUGUUAGUCAGACCCCCCCUUCUCCCUGAGUCAACCCACAUCAUAAUCACAUCUCUUCCUCUCACUCUUCAUCCCUUCAUCUCUCCGUCUGUUUGCCCCAAUCAUCCUUUUCUUUUUUCUUUAUCUCUUUUUCUCCCACACCUCUCUCUCUCUCUCUCUCUUUCCUUCUUUCUUUUGUGUAUUUUUUCUUUACUUCUUUAUCUUUUCUACCUUUUUUUCUUCUUUCCUCCACCCCAUCUCUCUCUCUCUCUCUCUCUGGUAUUUCUUUCUUUCCACUCUUUUAUUUUAUUUUAUUUCCUUCACUUUUUCUCUUUUAUUGUGAUUCCUUCCUUUCUUUCUGCACUUUUCUCUCCUCUACCUCCUCUUUAUUCUUUUUUUUCUUUCUUUCUUUUUUUUCUUGUUUCUUUUUUCCUCUAUCCCUCUGUCCUUUUUUUUUCUUUUUCUUUUCCUCCUUUUUGCUUCAUUUUUUCCGUCUUUCUUUCUGCCUUUCUUGUCUCUUUUUGUCCUUCUUUAUUUGUUUUUUUCACAUUACAAAUCAUUUUAUAUUCUUUUAAGUUCCAUUUUAAAAAGUUUUAAGAAAAAAUAAAUGAACACAAAAGUUAAGUUCCAUUUUAAAUUAAAAAAAAAAUAAAUCACAAAAAUUUUAAAUCUGUUUUUUUUUUUCUCUCCCCACCAGGCGACCUCUCAUAGCUCGGCCAUGUUGACCAGUGAGGGGGCGCACACCAUGGAGCAGGACGACACCAGACAAGAGGCGAAGAUGGCGUCCACCGCCACCACAGUAUCCGGCUCAGACGGCGGCGAGACGACGCAGGCGGACUCAGACGUGGACAUGGAGAUGGACGUGGAGGAGGCGGACAUGACCCGCUGGACGGAGGCGGAGUUUGAGGAGAAGUGCACCUACAUCGUCAAGGAUGCAGACAGUGACGCCAUGACGACGACGGCGAUGACCAGAGCUGAGGCGUCUCUGCCCAGAAACUUGGCGUUUAAACACCCGGCUGACGGCAAAGAGGUCAGACUCACACAGAUACACACACAUUAACUCACACACAGACACACACUGCAGCUGGCAGACGUACAAACUUUCUCUCCAGACACAGUUUUUCACACAGUGGGGCAGGGAAAGCCGUCUGUUAGCGUGAGUCAGGCGUGGGUCAUGUAAUGAAGAGGGGGUCGUGUCUCGCCAUAAAAAACUCCACGCACACACAUUACAGAGAGGAAUCUGUGUGAGUGUGUGACACGCCUGGAGCAAAAUGUACGCACUCACACUGUAACUUAAACUGAGCGGUUCAUAUCAUCAUGAAAACUGGAUCAUUAUCUAAAAAUAACAACUUUAAAUCAAGUCUGUGGGUGUGAAUAUUAAAUCUGGAUGAGUUUAUAAUAACUUUAGGUCAUAUUUAAGACUAUAAAACAUAAACAAGGUACUUAGAAAAGCAGUUAAACAACAGAAACCUAAACAUAAAAGACAAAACACGAUCAUAUUUAAGGUACAAUUGAUUUAAAACAAGAAGACAAAGAAAGGAAGACUAACACUGAGAAUUAAAGAUGAUAAACUGGUCAUCCAAGUUUAGAUCAUGCUGACGUAAAGACAUGAAAAUCAGAAACAAAAACACAUCACUUCUUUUGCUUUCUCACUCAACUAGCUGCAGUACCACUUUUUCCUGGCAGGGGGCACCGUGCAACACCUCAACACAUCAAACUUCGCCAUUUAGCCGAAUUUACCUGCUUUUUUUGUGAUUUAUCCGCAAAAUUUGAUCGCUCAGAUUCUCCUUUUAGCAAAUCUACGCUAACAUGUUCAACUUUUGUUCUCUAAGCUGAACUUUUACCGCAUUAAAGAGUUUUUUUUUAAAUUGCCAACUUUUGGAAGUUACAUGUGAUCCCAAGUUUGUGUUAUCAGGCUGAGAGACUUUUGCACAUCACAUUUCCUCAGUUAGUCUUUCCCAACACGCCAAACACUGAUCAUGUGAGACCUCAAACAAACCUGAAAGGACGAAGUUUGAGUUAUUGAUCGAACUGGAAGGUGAAGGAAUCAAAAAGUCAAAUCAUCAAAGGUUGAAACUGAGGUCAGAUAACAGAGAGGUGUUACACAAAACCAAAACAACGCUCUGGAAAUGUUUGAAAAAGUUGGUUUGCAGGAGCGAGGUCUAAUAAUAAUAUAUCAGUAUUAAAAAACGAGAGGAUUAUUUAUGAGACAUGCAGGUUAAUCUGCUGCAAAAGUGCAUGACUUUAAAAGGUCGUGACCGCCACUUUAGACACCUUUUGCAAGUCUGUAAACUCAAUGCAGCGUGAUCUUAAAGAUUUCUUCAUCAGGAGCUUAUCAACAGGAAGCCGAGGAGAGAGAAGAAAAGAGUCGACGACGAGCUGAUAAUAUUUAUCUAGAGAGAGGAAGAAGGGAAAGGCCGGGGUGCUGCGAUCAAAGCGGCAGAGUUUUGGCAUUGUAAAAGUCUGUUAAUAAGUCCGAGCGCUCUGCACACACACGCACAGACACACACUUCUGUUGGAAAAAGGGAAAACGGGGAUUUCCCAUGUCACCAGGGGUUUGAGAGACACGUCUGUUUGUGUUGCUUCUGCACGAGUCUGAUGCGAAGUCUAGUCGCCACAUAAUCUCCUCCUCCUCCUGCGUUUUCUCUCAGACAAUAAAAAGGAGAAAGAGAUCAUUUUUUUCCUCUCGAGUUUCUCAAUGUUUCCCCCGCAGCGUGUGAAGUGGCAGCAGGUUGGGUUUGAUGUGGUGAAGAGUGGAGGUGUAACGACACAGAGAGAUUUGAAAGGAGAGAUUCUGCAGGUUUUUCUUCAAACCACACUCACAUGCAUACAAACAUGUGUACACACACACACACACACACACACACACACACUCUCCAAACGCAGCAAAGCGUGACUGCUCUUCAUUAAUCAUGGUCUCAGCGCUGACAGCUGGUUGGUACAGUGUGUGUCUGAGAGUCUGUAUGUGCACACACACACACAAUAAGACUUAAUUAGACUUAAUGACACAUUUAACCUAUGGAUGUGCACAGCAGCAUGAAGACACACAAACCCCUGUGCUCAUUAACUUAUCGUAGUUCUUCAGAUCUUUAAACUUUUAAAUCAAAAUGUGGUUUUGCAUUUUCAUUUAAUCAGUUAAUUUAAGAUUUAAAAUCAAAGAAAAAUGAGCCUAUUUUGCAAAAUCGUAUUUUGUAGCUCAUGAAUUAAAGUUAUAGAUUUUGUUUUGCAAAUUUCCUUCAAUUUUCAGAAGUUAAAUCAAGUUUCAGGCUCUUAUACUUUAGUAUUUUUUACUUUAAGUUCAAGUAAGGGUUGUUACUAAACCAGAUUUUCACAUAUGAUUAUCAUAGCAGAUCUUACCUGCAAAAAAAUUUGAUUUUUCAUGCUUUUAUUUUGAAAAAUGUUACUUCUAGUCGAGUUACUGAGUUAAAAUGGUUAAAAAGAUGGUUAGAAAGCAUAAAUGUUACGUUGAUUAAUAACCUUUAAGACACUCAAGCUUUAACAUUAUUAAUUAAUCUCUUAAAUGUCCGAUUUUAAAAGUUCCUAAUCAUCUCUAAUGAUGCUAAAGCUAGCUCACUUCCUGUUGCAAACACCUCAUAUAACCCAUCUUUAAUAUAUAAUAAAUAAUAACAAUAACGAUCAUUUCAAGGUCUUUCCUCUAAAAAUACAUGCACUUUUAUUGCCUUUGCACACUGCUUUAGAAUAUCAAAACCUUGAAAGUAUGAAUGUGGAGAGUCCGAAUAGAUCCUGAAGUGUUUGCUGCAAACUUAACUGUAUUUGAAAGUCAAUUUUUAGGGCUUUUAAGGAGAAUUAAGAAAAACACUUCUCUAUGUAUUGAAAGUUCUUUGAGAAAUAUAACUUUGAAGUAUUAGUUGUACUGAUUUUAAGCACAUUAAAUAUAAUUAUAUGUAUAAGUAAGUGGGAUUCUGCAGCUGCCAAAGUUCAAAUCAGUUUUAUUUAAUUAUAAAUAAAGACACACGUUCAGGAGCUGGAUGAGAAAUGUUGCAUUUAUGUGAUAUAAGAUGUUAUAAUCCACCAAUAGUCACCAAACCAGGUGACCAUGAAUCUAUAAAGUUUGACCUUUUGGUCCAAGACGACUCUUACACAACGCUCCACUUCAAAGCUCCUUCCAGCUUUUGUCUCACCGCCCCGUGUGUGUGUGCGUGUCUUGGUGCAGGUGGUCGGCGUCUGCAGCAGGGAGUACAUCCCCAAAGGAACUCGCUUCGGUCCCCUGGUGGGCGAGAUCUACACGGCCGACAGCGUCCCCAAAGACGCCAACCGCAAGUACUUCUGGAGGGUGAGUACACAAACACGCUCUCGCACGGCAGCGCGCACGCACUUCCUCAGAAGCCGGAGGGACCCCUUCCUGUGACGCCACACACUUUUAAAGUCAGUCAGUGGAACAGGAAACCGAACGGGCUGGAUGUAUUUUUUUACAUAUGUGUGUGUGUGUGUGUGUGUGUGUGUGUGUGAGCGAGCGAGCGAGAGAGAGCGAGAUAGAGAGAGGGGGAUGUGAUGUCAUCCCCGCACAAAUAACAUGUCGCUCUGUGGUUCCUGUAACACACACACACAAAAACCAUUCUGCAGAACACACACCAUCACUACCAGUAACUAACAGCGAGAGUGCACUCACACACACACACACACACACACACACACACACACACACACACACACACACACACACACACACACACACGCUCACAAUCCACCUACUUCACCAACGCCUCCACCCAGGAGAGUGUGUGUGUGUGUGAGAGAGAAAAAGUCGACCACAAGAUGACUGUCAAGUCAGAAAGGUGUUCUCAAGCGUAUCUCUCUCACUUUCACACACACACACACACACACACACACACACACACACUCAGGUUAGAGAUUGAAAGAGAGAGAGAGAGAAAUGAGUCUGCUCUUUUUCUUCCUCACUAAAAAAGAGGACCUCCUCCUCUUCGUCAGUUGUUGAGAUGAAGGUGAAGAUGAAGUGAGAGCGGGGACACGAUGAGGGAUGAAAAGAUGGAGGGAUGACGGAGGAAUAGACAGAGACGUUUUAGUUUGAGUCGUUUUUAUCUGAACUGGUUUUGCUGGUUUCCACUCUGAUCGCUGUCACUCAGUUUCUUUUUGACUUUAAAUUUGGUGAGUUUCUCGUAAUUUUCCUUUCUUUAUCAUCGGGUGACUUUAAGUUGGUAAAAAUAUUUAAAAACAGCUCAUGAGCAACUUUUUAAAAAGCAUUUUUAACCAGUAACUCAAUUAUUUCUCUUCAAAUCUGUCUCAUUUUUACCUGCUGUCUUCUGAGCUGUUUUCACUUCUUUACAGUUUUUGUCUUCGGUUCAGUCACCGAGUUUAUGAAGUUAUUGUCUGUAUGAGUUUGCAGCUGAUUCACUUUGUAAUCUCAGUUUUCAGCUCUUUUACAUGGAGAACAUUAAAGCUCCAGUGAGGAGUUUUUAGCUGGUUGUUGAACAUAGGGAAAAAAAUGAGACCAUCAUAAAGAGGAAGGACGUUUUUUUGUGGUUAUUUUUAAAGAGUGGAACUAAAGGUGUGACAAAAACUGACGGGGAUUUCAAAUGUGAUACCAUGACUGUUAAAAGAGAUUAUUCAAGAGACUUGUUAAGACAGGUUUUGUCCACAGGGGGCACCAAAGAUUCCUCACAGGAGCUUUAGGAAAACAGAAAAGAAAGGAUUGAACUAAAACUAACUUUGAAUAACAACUAUUUUGCAUUUUAUUAUUAAAAAACAGUGUUUUAGUUUCAUUAAAGGUAGAGUGUGGAGUAUUUUUUCAUUAUUUAGUAGAACAGACUCGGCAGAAAUGACACAGGUAUCAAAGUGUGCAUGAAUUAGUGAGUAAUCACCUGAAAAUGAAGGAUAUCUUGUCUUAGUUGAGCUAGAAUAAGUUUGUGUUGAUUCUGUCCCUGAGAGAAACUUUGGUUUGUGUUGACUAGGUCUGAUCAAACUGUAAUCAGCUUUAGACUAGGUCUGAUCAAACAUCUCAAAUCCUCAAUCUUUUACUCUCUUUACUUUAGAUCUACGUUGAUGACGAGUUCCACCACUUCGUCGACGGCCUGGAUGAGACUCGCUCUAACUGGAUGCGGUACGUGAACCCGGCUCACUCGGCGGCGGAGCAGAAUCUGGCGGCGUGUCAGAAUGGCAUGGAGAUUUACUUCUACACGGUGAAACCCGUCCCCGCCGGCGCUGAGCUGCUGGUCUGGUACUGCCACGACUUCGCCGGACGACUGAACUACCCGCCUUCAGGAGAGCUGAUGAUGCAGAAACUCAGUAAGUUUGAGGUUUUUAUAAAUUCAGAGGAAGAAACGUGACGGUCGGGAAAUAGAUUUGAAGUUUGACCGCGUUAGGAUCAUCGUGUGUGUUUGUGUGUGUGUGUGUGUGUGUGUGUGUGUCUAAAGUGUGUCCUGUCGCCGCUCUUAAACCCUGACAGUGUCUCUGAGUGUAGCCGUGUCUCCUUCCUCUCUGAACGUUAGCCUGUCAUUAUCUCACACACACACACACAAAAACACACAAAAACACAAGAGUACAAGACCGACAACCUUUCAUCUCUGUCAGUGCCAUCGCUGUAUUUGUCUGUGUGUGUGUGUGUGUGUGUGUGUGUGUGUCAGUGACAGUGUAAUUACACAGACAGUGGGGGAUAUGGCCCCUAAUGCCACAGUCUUACACUCUUAAAGACCCGCUUUUAACAUGAAAGCUAACACACAAACACACACAACUCUGCUCAACCUCAAUAAAAGGAGCAGAGACAGUGUGUGUGUGUGUGUGUGUGUGUGUGUGUGUGUGUGUGUGUGUGUGUGUGUGUGUGUUGUCUGCGACCUUUUUAUGAGGAAACAGUUACGAGUCCUGAGAGAAAAUCAAAACUUUUUUAGGUCGAAUCUUGAAAACCAUCGCUGAGAGAAAACUUGAUUUUCUGUUUCGUAUUUUCGGUCAUGCAAACACGUCCUCCACGCUGAUCAAAGAGAGAGAGAGAAACAAAGAGUGAAAGAGAGAGAGAGAGAGAGAGAGAGAGUGGGAGCCGAGGGGUUUCCAGGUGUGUCUCCAGGCUAAUAGCAGUGUUAAGGUGGCAGAGGAACCAGCAGACCCAGCCUGGGCGACUCCACUGCCCAGGGAAAAAUGCGCAUGACCUGGGGGACAGAGGCAGGAGGGACCCACAGCCCCCUCCUCUGAAGCCUGAGUGUGUGUGUAUACAGUAUAUGUGUGUGUUGUCUUUAAUUAGCUUCCUCUGUCAUUUAGCCCUACAGGCUGCUGUUGACCUGCCAGUGACAUUUACCUGCUGCAGAAAGACUCACCUGUGCAGGGCUGCAUGUGCAAAUGCAGGGUUACAAAGCGGCACAUUUAAAGCUAAUAAACAGACUUAAAUUUAGUUAAAUAAAUACUUUAAAAACAGACAUUAAAUUAGAGUAAUGCUCUUAAUUCAGAAUAUAUCUUUAAGCUGCAUAAAGUGGGACUAGUUUUAGGUGUUUUAUAUACUGGUAGAUACCCUAACCAUGAAUUUAAACCCUUCAAGUUAAAGUUACUCGAGCUUUCGAAGUAUUAAAAAGAUCAAAACUGAGUAAACCUCCUUUUCUACAUCCCACUCCUGCUCUGAGACGAGCUUCGGCUCAUUUUUCAGCUUUGUAUAUUACGUACUCGCUCCCAGGAUGAGUAAACCUUUUUUGACUGUUGGCGUGGCGCCACUGGAGACUUGGCUCAGUCUGAAAUAAUCUCAUCUGCUGAGUAAAACCGAGAAGAAACCACAACCUGUCUGACUGAAGUAACGUUAAACUGAAACCAAGCUACGAGGGCAACAAAAGGUAAAGGUGGAGGCCGCUCGAGUGAUGAAUCCUGAGAAAGAGACCAAGAAGUGAUUUAUUCAGCGGAGCUUUCAGGCUUUGAUCUGCGUUUCAUCUUCUCUCAUCUGAGCUUUGAGAGAAAGAGUCGUGUCGAUCAGUCGAAUCAGACGUAUCUGGAUGGAUCUGCGUCAAAGUUAGGAAGAAGAUUCACCACGAUCUUCUCCACGAACAUGUGUGCUCUUAUCGCUGUCAUGUUUUCUCUCUUUCCAGCGCAGUCAUAGCAAAACCAGACGUGUGAGUGUGUUGACAUCGCAGUCUCACUCCUCCCUCACUUUCUCCUCUCUCUCUCUCUCUCUUCUUUUUUUUUUGCCGCCACCGUUUAGCAUUCUCCGAGUGUUAGCGCUCGGGAGCACCUGUGCUCUCUCUCUCUCUCACUGCACACGCUCACACGACACGCCGUGGCUUUUCAUCUCAGACACAUGUGCGUGCUCGAGAGCGUGUCGCCCAUUUGCUCUGAUAUAUUCGCCACUUGAAAGAGCAGAGAGAAAGCAGGGGAGGAGGGAGUGGCAGAGGUUGGAGGAGUCACACCUCCCACCCCCCGUCUGUUGACUACUUGAACUUCCUGGCAGAAGGGCCGUGUUGACAGAUUGAUAUCUCCAAGAUGGCCGCCCUGUUUGUUUUCUGGAAAAAAGGGGGAGGAGGAGGAAGGCUGGCUGAUAACCUCAAUGUUUACACUCUGCCGCUAUACUACUGAUGCAAGGGUCACUGUGUGUGUGUGUGUGUGUGUGUGUGUGUGAGUUGAACAAUUUCAUCAGUGCUGGCGCUCCGGAUUAACUCUGACAGGCACCAUCUCUCACACACACACACUCCCCUCUGGGCGACCUCGUGGUAAAACGUUGACUGGGCAGUAAAUGAGCUCCUCCAUAAUAGACAGCAGCUUUUUAAGGGGCCGCUCUGCAGCAGCUUUUUAAGGGGCCGCUCUGCAGCCGCUUAACAGCCGAGAUGUCCCGCCAACCGGCUACCCGGGGCUUUUAGAGCGUGUGCAUGCGAGCUCUCCUCCUAAUCCGCUCUUUCAUCAUGCUAAAGUCCACAGAAGGUGCGAGUGACUGAGGAGGAAGCUCUUUAGCGUGACCUCUGACCUGGGAACAAUAGCAAACGGUUAGAAAAAUCAGCGGAGAAGGAGUUUGAUCAAAAGUGUGUGUCCGCUGAAAGUGGAAGAGUCAACAACUCAGACAGAGGCCUUUGUCCGCAGGCGCCCCCGUCUGUCCGUGUGUGUGUGUGUGUGUUGUGUGUGUGUGUGUGUGUGUGUGUGUUUGUCACUCGGGGGGAGGGCAGGUGGAGGCCAAGCGUCUUCGGCGGGUUUCUCCAGCAGGAAACCUUCCAUCAGCCCUGCCACCAUUUUGAUUUUAUCUUGAUUUUAUAGACACACAAUGCCCAAAGGCAGCUGUCACGCCUCACUUCCAGUCCUCUGCCCCCCCCCCCCCACCGCUCGUUCAUCAAGUCUGUCACCUUAAUUGGUCCACUGAGUUACUUAUGGUUUUCCUUAACCCCCCUGUGACACACACACACACACACACACUCUGGUUAUCUCUGCAGACUUUUGAGUGUUUUGUUCAUCAGGAAUCCGUUAGAGAAGCAUCUUUUUUUAAGGUGUUCAUACAAAAAAGCUUUUAAUAUCAGUCAAUAGUUAUUAGUUAUUGAUGACAUAUAGGUAUAUCCCGGUAUCGCUGUGUUCUCUUAUGUCUGCGUAGUCAACAUUCUGACAUUUUUGGACUAUGUCACUUUAUCCUAGUUGUAGAAGUCCUGCAAACAUUGUGUUUGCUGGUGGUCUGUUGGCAUCUACAGUAGCACUGACUGACCUGUUUGAUCUCCUCUUGUCAUUUCAGAGCAGUCCCUCUUGGAGGUCAAGCAGCAGCAGGUGACCAGUGAGGAGCGUUCAGUCCAAGCCUCCAGCCCAACUUCAGUUGCAGCGACACCCAACCCACCAAAGAGAGAGCACAGCGUCCUCUCCAUCCUGCGGGGCACCUCCUCUUCCCCGUCCACAAAGAGGGAGCCCAGUCGACCGCUCCCAACACGGCCCAGGUGUGCCGACAGCCCUGAGCGCCCCCUGUACCCUCGUGCCCUCUACCCAGCUCUGAGGCCCCAUCCUCACAUCCCUGAAGACUUCCUCGGCCACAAGCCUGGUCAGAUCGGGUACCCGGCUACUCGUUCCCCUGGCAACCAGUCUUCAGCAACACCCAGUCCAUCAGCAAGGAGCAGCCCAGAGAGCAGCCCUCAUGGGAGCCCCUCUGGUCCAUCUCCAGCGUCUUUUUACCCUCCAAGACUGGGUUCUUACCCCGGAUACUCUCCACCAUCCGCCCCGCUCUCCUCCACCUUCUACCCUCCAGGGGCCCCCUACUCACGCUACCUCCUGCCCCAUCACUACCCUCUGCCAGGUGGUGGUGUCCCCACCGUUGGGGGGAUCUUUCCCAGGAUGUACCCUCUCUACAGCAGCCUUCUGCCCCCUCAUGUGCCCCUCCUGCCCUCUGACACAGCAGGGAGGCCCUUCCUGUUACCAGACCAAGUCCACCCUUCCUCCAUCUCCUCCCACAGAGACUUCCUCCUCCCUGGGCCCACCAGUGCCUUCUCAGCUGCCACGUCUCUGAAGGACAAAGCAGGGCCUCAUCACCCUUACCCAGGACACCCCCAUCAUCACGGACCUUCCCAUGCGCCCUCCAGCGGCUCCCCGACUGCAGGCACAGCACCCCCCAAUGAGCGAGUGCCGACCAAGCCUACCUCAGCCCUGAUGGGUGACGCUAACGACGAGGAGGCCAUCAACCUGAGCAAAGCAAAGCGCGGCAUUGGCUCAGCCGGCUACAAGGCACUGCCGUACCCGCUGAAGAAGCAGAACGGCAAGAUCAAGUACGAGUGCAACAUAUGCAGCAAGACCUUUGGACAGCUGUCCAACCUGAAGGUGAGGCUCAGGCGUGAAGGAAAUAUGACGCAGAGGAAGUUACCCGAUAUCAGAAUGUAGCUGGUGUCUAAACGGUUUUCUCUCUCUGCUCAGGUUCAUCUUCGUGUGCACAGUGGAGAAAGGCCUUUCAAGUGUCAGACCUGCAACAAAGGCUUCACCCAGCUGGCUCACCUGCAGAAGCACUUCCUGGUUCACACAGGAGAGAAGCCACAUGAAUGCCAGGUGAGAAACAAACUUCAAAUCCUUGAUGACUGAGUUUAGACCAAACGUAAAUUGAGUGUCUACAGUUUGCUGACACGUCUUCUCUCUGCUCUAACAGGUUUGUCACAAGCGCUUCAGCAGCACCAGCAACCUGAAAACUCACCUGCGCCUCCACUCGGGAGAGAAACCCUAUCACUGCAAACUCUGCCCGGCGAAGUUCACCCAAUAUGUCCACCUUAAGCUGCACAAGCGCCUGCACUCCCGUGAGCGUCCUCACAAAUGCCCCCACUGUCACCGCCACUACAUCCACCUGUGCAGCCUGCGUCUCCACCUGAAGGGCUACUGCCUGGCCGCUAGCUCUGGAUCUGGCAGCCCGGCAGUUUCCAGUCAGGCUGCCCUGGAGGAGGUGCAGCGCGCCAACGAGGAGAUUGAGCGCUUUGACAUCAGCGAGCAUGCCGAGCGCUUGGAGCAGCUCCAAGGAGGGGUCGAGGUGGAGGCCAUGCUGGAGAAGCAGAUCUUGGGGAUGCUGUGGAGGGAGUCUGAUAUGAAGUCUUCCAACUUUCACCCCCACCACAAGACAGGCCCGACUGAGCUUCUGUCCUCAGGUUACGGGGUGUACGAGUCCCCAAAUGAGACGUCAGUCAUCAAGAUGCGACGCAGCAGCCCUGUUCAUCCACUUCCUGCCAACGUCACCAUCAAGCAGGAGUCCGAGGAUCAUGCUUAA